CCUCCACUCCCUAAUCCCACUACUGCACCUUGGCCUGCAUCAAGCCCCGCCCCAGUCCGAUCAGUCACAAUCCACCACACCCAAUAACCAAGCCCCAAGCCCCAAAUCCCCAAAAAGCAACCCUCCAAAAUGGCCAAACGCUCACGCUCCCAAAGCCGCACACGCACUCCAACACCCUCUCACGACCCAGACUCACCAUCCUUUGACUCCAGCUCCCCAUCCGCCUCAACAAUCAGCGUGACCACCACGCAGCCAGCAUCCGAUCGGAGCAAAAUCCCCCACCAGGAAAACGUCCCGUUCGUCGAGGUUAUGCAUUGCGCUUUACCGCCUCAUCGGGAGACGAUUGCGUUUGCCUCGUAUGAGGAUUAUGAAGUGCAUUAUCAGCAGGCACAUGUCAAUCGCUGUUCGCAGUGUAGUAAGAAUUUUCCUACGGCGCAUUUUUUGAAUCUUCAUAUUGAGGAGAAUCAUGAUUCGUUGGUUGUGGCGAUGAGGGCGAGGGGGGAGAAGACUUACAAGUGUUUCAUCGAGGACUGCGAGCGCAAAUGCUCUACGCCUCAAAAACGACGCCUUCAUUUAAUAGACAAGCACAUGUUCCCACGGACUUACAACUUCUACAUCAUCAACGAUGGCAUCGACAAACAGACAUCACUACUAAGACCAUUAAACAAGAGCCACAGACGCCGCAUUUCCUCGGCUUCCAUCUCUUCCAUCCAGGAGGGACGACUCCGGCGUCGCAGCUCGGUAUCUCAACCGACUAUUCCGCAGAGGACUGAACCUCAGUCUCCUGCUCGAACUGAGCAGACCUCGAACGAGAUUGACAUGGAUAUAGACGGGCUGGCCCAGUCUAUGUCUGCGUUGCGAUUUGUGCCGGCGAGUGUGAUGAGGAAUCGGACUAAAGCUCCGCAGAAGAGUUCUUGAUGGCCAUUUUUAUCGUGUGGAUAAUUAUAGGGUGACUGUGUGGAAUGGGUGUGUGGGAGGAGCGAAAAAGUUAUGACUUGACGAAAUGCAUAAAGAAGUGCCCUUAAUGUACCUCGGGCAAAUAGCGAUCCAGCUAAUCGAAAAGAACUUCAAUCCUAAGCACG